GGAGAGCCCCUGUCCGCGGCGAGCCUGCAGCCAGAUUUAUGAUGGAGCUUACUUCUUUGCCUAAAUUCCUUUGGACAAGUGACAACAAAGUUCUCCAUCACCAUUUUCCGGACAUAUUUGCUACUGUUCAUACCACGCAAGACAUUCCCAAAGAAGUGGUUUUUGGACCAUGCAUGCUCCAGAACACUCUGCUGGACACUGUAGCUUUUAUUGCUCUCAAGUGUUCUGAUAGACGUAACAUCCACUAUGUAUUUAAGGUAGAUGUCACAUCUGUGCACAGUCCCACAGGACUACCUUGGAUGAGACUUGUACAAGCAGCUGCCAAUAGCAAGGAGCAGAACUUGGAAGCGUACUUAGAAAACAGUCAGUUAUAUUAUCGCUCCACCAGGAAAAUCAAAAAAAAUGAGGAGCUGCUUGUUUGGUAUGAUGAGGAGCUUUCCAGCCUCUUGGGUUUCAAUGAGAUAAAAGCACAGAGUCCCCAGAAUGGUAAGUACCAAACUGCUGACUGCAGUCAGGGGUCACUGAGGACUGAAGUUAGUCUGCAGCUUCUUUAGUAUGUGAUGAUCCUUUAAUACAAUGAAUAAAAUCUUUCU